AUGGCCGCCGUGCUCGUGGAGUCCAUGAAGGAGCUGACUCUGAAGGAACCCGAGGCUGUGCAAGAGCAGACCUCUUUGGUGCAGUUCAAGGUCUCCGGCCUGGGCUCCUUCGAGUUGGAGUUGGACCUCACCACGGCCGUCCGCGACGUCAAGAAGAUGGCCACGGAGGCAUGCAACAUCGAGCCUGAGCACAUGCGUCUCAUCUACAACGACAGGCAGCUCAAGGAUGCCGACACCCUCGAGCUCUACAACACCGAGGACAGCACCCCGAUCCAGAUCCUCUUCACUGCGGGCCACGUGGCCAUGGUGGGAGGCGUUGGCGGCACUGGUGGUGGCCCCCGUGGUGGCCAUGGCGCGAAGCAGCAGAGGAACCCCUUCUCCACGCCGGUACGCGGCCUUCCGGGCUCCAAGGGCCUCCGCAGCUCUCGCGUCUCGGGCCGCCCAGGCGGCAUGGCUCUGAUCCGAAAGUACGGCAUCAUGAUGAAGCGCCAGGAGUUCCGUGAGAAGGCCCAGGAGAUUGGCUUCAUCAAGUACCGCUGA